AUAAAAUUAACGGCAACCAUACGUUUACCGCCUGAUGUGCAAGUGGCAUGGCAUUAUUGACACGGGUUCAACUAAGCAUGUUGUGUAAACCAACUAGGUAGAACGGUUGUCUAGCCUGCAGGGCUGAUGUAUAGCUCUACAAGUAACACCAUAUGAUAUAGAAGGUAGAAUUGGUAUGUGUAGCAGGUUCAUCUACUUACUCAUACAAAUGUAGAGAAUAGAAAAUACCACGAUUCAUGAAGUCAAUGUUUUGGGCAUGUCCAGAAACGAGGAAGCAGCAGCGAGGUAUUUUCAGUAGUUUGAACGAGCUAGUUGGGAGCUGGGCGGCGCUGGUUGUAGAAGUUGAGGCAUUUGGUCGAGUCAGCAGAAUGAAAGGCCUCCUGCUGCUGCCCCUGCUGGCGGCCGCUGCGCUGGGUGCCGCCGACGCGGCCGACCUCCAGCGGGAAGAGUGGGUCGCAUUCAAGCUGGAGCACCGCAAGGCGUACGCCAGCUCGGCGGAGGAGCGCGCGCGCAUGGCGGUGUUCGCGCGGAACCGCCUCGCCGUGGCGCGCCACAACCAGCGCCACGCGCUGCGCCUCGAGCCCUUCCGCCUCGCGCUCAACCGCUUCGCGGACCUCACCGCCGACGAGUUCGCGCGCGCCCUCAACGGCUUCCGCCCGCCCAAGCGCAGGCUGCUGGACAGCGCCGGCGCGGAGCCGUGGCGAUGCCAGUUUCCCGGCUUGCCGGCUCGAGUGGACUGGAGGAGCGCCGGCGCCGUCACCGCCGUCAAGCAGCAGGGCCAGUGCGCGUCCUGCUGGGCCUUCGCCGCCGUGAGUAAUUGUGUUCACUUGCGCAGGCUCCUGGACAGCGCCGCCGCGGAGCCGUGGCGAUGCCAGUUUCCCGGCUUGCCGGCUCGAGUGGACUGGAGGAGCGCCGGCGCCGUCACCGCCGUCAAGCAGCAGGGCCAGCGCAGGCUCCUGGACAGCGCCGCCGCGGAGCCGUGGCGAUGCCAGUUUCCCGGCUUGCCGGCUCGAGUGGACUGGAGGAGCGCCGGCGCCGUCACCGCCGUCAAGCAGCAGGGCCAGCGCAGGCUCCUGGACAGCGCCGCCGCGGAGCCGUGGCGAUGCCAGUUUCCCGGCUUGCCGGCUCGAGUGGACUGGAGGAGCGCCGGCGCCGUCACCGCCGUCAAGCAGCAGGGCCAGCGCAGGCUCCUGGACAGCGCCGCCGCGGAGCCGUGGCGAUGCCAGUUUCCCGGCUUGCCGGCUCGAGUGGACUGGAGGAGCGCCGGCGCCGUCACCGCCGUCAAGCAGCAGGGCCAGCGCAGGCUGCUGGACAGCGCCGCCGCGGAGCCGUGGCGAUGCCAGUUUCCCGGCUUGCCGGCUCGAGUGGACUGGAGGAGCGCCGGCGCCGUCACCGCCGUCAAGCAGCAGGGCCAGCGCAGGCUCCUGGACAGCGCCGCCGCGGAGCCGUGGCGAUGCCAGUUUCCCGGCUUGCCGGCUCGAGUGGACUGGAGGAGCGCCGGCGCCGUCACCGCCGUCAAGCAGCAGGGCCAGCGCAGGCUCCUGGACAGCGCCGCCGCGGAGCCGUGGCGAUGCCAGUUUCCCGGCUUGCCGGCUCGAGUGGACUGGAGGAGCGCCGGCGCCGUCACCGCCGUCAAGCAGCAGGGCCAGCGCAGGCUCCUGGACAGCGCCGCCGCGGAGCCGUGGCGAUGCCAGUUUCCCGGCUUGCCGGCUCGAGUGGACUGGAGGAGCGCCGGCGCCGUCACCGCCGUCAAGCAGCAGGGCCAGCGCAGGCUGCUGGACAGCGCCGCCGCGGAGCCGUGGCGAUGCCAGUUUCCCGGCUUGCCGGCUCGAGUGGACUGGAGGAGCGCCGGCGCCGUCACCGCCGUCAAGCAGCAGGGCCAGUGCGCGUCCUGCUGGGCCUUCGCCGCCGUGAUAAUUGUGUUCACUUGUAGGCGCAGGCUGCUGGACAGCGCCGCCGCGGAGCCGUGGCGAUGCCAGUUUCCCGGCUUGCCGGCUCGAGUGGACUGGAGGAGCGCCGGCGCCGUCACCGCCGUCAAGCAGCAGGGCCAGUGCGCGUCCUGCUGGGCCUUCGCCGCCACGGGUGCAAUCGAGGGGCAGCGGUUCCGAGACAAGCGCGUCCUGGAGUCGCUCUCGGAGCAGAACCUCCUGGACUGCGCCAACAGCAGCUACGGCUGCGCCGGCGGCACCGUGGACGCCGCCUUCUCGUACGUGCGCGCCCGCGGCAUCGAGUCGGAGGCGGCUUACCCCUACGAGGCCCAGCAGGAACAGUGCAGAUACGACCGGAGGAAGAACGCAAUUCCGCCCGGCUACGUCACAAAGUUCCGGCCAUGCCCACCAGACGAGGAAUGCCUGAAGUUGAUGGUGGCGAAGGCGGGCCCCGCGGCGGCCGCCGUCGACGCCAGCCGCCGGAGCUUCCAGCUGUACGAGAGCGGAGUCUACUACGACGACGCCUGCUCCCCGGACAACGUCACCCACGCGGUGCUGGUGGUGGGCUACGGCACGGACGAGGCGCUGGGCGACUACUGGCUGGUGAAGAACUCGUACGGCGCGGGCUGGGGCGAGCGCGGCUACGUGCGCAUGGCGCGCGGCCGCUGCAACAACUGCGGCAUCGCGGCAGACCUGAACGCGGGCGGCGGCGGCGGCGGCUUGCGCGGCGCCGGCGCCAGGAACGCGCCGCGCGCGGGCGCCGCCGCCGGGAAGCGGCUGCAACAGGGACACGCGUCACUCACGUGGACCAACACUAUACAGUUACUUACUACAGUACCCAACAGCUGCGCUGGUUGA